GAACCAUAGUCGUUAGGUGUUUCUCGCACUGACGGAGUUUUUCAACGUUGCACUAAUGGUGUAACAUUCGUUUCCUGAUCGGAAAGCGUCACCUCACAUGAGUGUAGGUUUUGGUUAAAGGCAGGUGUAAAAAGCUGAAUCUCCUUUAUAAAAUCGUUUUAUUUAGAUAAUGUUACGAACACUGUGUCGGGCCGGCGGGAGCCUUUUGCAGCAAAGCCAGCGAACUGUGACAAGGUUGUGGGUAACACCAGCCCAGCAGCGAUGGGCGUCCCGCCUGCCCAUGAACACCAUGCUGCUGUUUGUGCCCCAACAGGAAGCCUGGGUGGUGGAGAGGAUGGGUCGCUUCCAUCGGAUCUUAGAGCCGGGUUUAAAUUUUCUGAUACCCAUACUUGACCGAAUUCGGUAUGUGCAAAGUCUCAAAGAGAUUGUGAUUGAUGUCCCAGAGCAGUCUGCAGUAUCUCUAGAUAAUGUUACGCUACAGAUGGAUGGAGUGCUUUACUUAAGGAUCCUAGACCCUUUUAAGGCAAGUUACGGCGUUGAGGAUCCAGAAUACGCUGUCACGCAGCUUGCACAGACCACCAUGCGGUCAGAACUGGGCAAGCUCACACUGGACAAAGUGUUCAGGGAAAGGGAGUCUCUUAAUGCCAACAUCGUCCAUUCCAUCAAUCAAGCUUCAGAUGAGUGGGGAAUCCGUUGCCUCCGUUAUGAAAUUAAAGACAUACAUGUUCCACCGCGUGUCAAAGAAUCCAUGCAGAUGCAGGUGGAGGCUGAGCGUAAAAAAAGAGCCACAGUGCUGGAGUCUGAGGGGACGAGGGAAGCGGCCAUUAAUGUUGCUGAAGGCUGUAAACAAGCGCAGAUCCUGGCCUCAGAGGGUGAAAAAGCAGAGAAGAUCAAUAAUGCAGCUGGUGAGGCCCAAGCAAUUUUAGCCAAAGCUGAGGCAAAAGCAAAGGCCAUUCGUCUGCUGUCAGAUGCUCUGACUGAACAGAAUGGAAAUGCAGCAGCCUCGCUAAGUGUGGCAGAGCAGUAUGUGUCUGCUUUCUCCAGCCUUGCCAAGGAGUCCAACACCAUCCUUCUGCCCUCUAAUACUGGUGACAUUAGUGGAAUGGUCACACAGGCCAUGACCAUUUACAGUACGUUGGCAAAGACAAGCCCAAAAGUUGCAGUAGAGGUGACUGAGGAGAAGAGCGACCAGGCUGUGAAUCAAUCGACGACAUCUCAAUAGCAGAGGAGUCGGAGAACGAACUGAAAGUAUUAAAGGACACAGAAUCGGAAGAAGCAGAAUGUGUUUUGUUACAGGGGCUCUGAGGCAUCACUGUGAGACUAAUGUUCACAUACCUUCUACUGAUAAAACGAGAGAAAAAACUGCAACAUUAUAAACACAUGAUGCCUUACCUAAGGAGUCCUUGGAAAACCACCUUUUUAUAAGAUUGUUUCUAAUGUUUGCUGACUUUUUGUUUAUGUUCAGUUAUUGUCAGAUUGGGAAAUAAAGUUCACCCGCCAGUG